UGGGGGGGGUAUGGGGUGCACGCUGUACCCCAGGCACAGCCCAGUGCCGGCCAGGGGACUCCCCCCGGCCCCUUCCCUCAGCAGCCCGGGGAGCCCCCGGGGAAGCCCCGUCCCCUUGGUGGCACAGCGGUGCCACCCCACGCCAGCUGCCCGCGGGCACGCUCGGCCCCGGCCCGGCACUUGGCCCCGGGGCACCGGGAUGCCGCCGGUGAGGGGCCAGGGCUGGCACCCCGCACCCCCCGCACCCCCCGGCCACCGCUACCGGCUCCCCUGUCAGCGGCCCCCCAGCCCCGCGGCACGGCACGGCACGGCACGGCACGGCACGGCACGGCACGGCACGGCACGGCAUCUCGGCCCGCCGCUCGUCGCCUCCCGGGGUGUCGCUGCCGGAGCCCCCCACCAUCCCCGAGCCCCCCGGGACCCCGCGCCCGCCGCGCCUCGGCACGGCCCCGGGGCGGGCACGGCACGGCACGGCACGGCACGGCACGGCACGGCACGGCACGGCACGGCACGGCGGACACGUGCAGCGGGAAGCACCGGGGACACCGCGGCCGCACCGGGCACCUCGGGGGGAUCCCCCGCGCCCGGCGGCGCCGCGGGGGUCCCGCAGCCGGGGGUCUCCUCCCGCAGCCCCCGGCCCCCCCACGGCAGCGGGGACCCUCCGGCAGCCCCGGGGGGCGGCCGAGCCCCCGCCGGCCGCCCGGUGCGGCGGCGGCCGAGCGCGGUCGGCGCUGCCCAAGCUUUGAUUCGCUUCCAGCCAACAUGGUCUCCGAACGCUCUAAAAAUAGUUGUCGUGCGCACCAAGCCCGCGGCAGCCCCGGCCGCCGAACAAAGCCGGGGAGCCGCCGCGGCCCGGCCGCCUCCCGCCGCCCGCCCCUUCCCCCGGGAUGGAGAGGGCUCCCCCGGACCAGGUGACCCCGCGGCGGCGGUGACACCCCCCGCCUUGGCCGGGGUCCCUCGUGCGCCGGCGGCCGUGGGGACGCGCCAAGGGACCCCGGCCAAGCGCCUCUCCCGUGACAAGUGCCGCAGCAUGGUUGUGCCCAAACCACCGUGGCCUUGA